ACCAACAACCAAAGAAAAGGGGAUUCAACUACUCAAAGCUGUGUCCUCAUUGCUUCUAAAUCCGGUUUACUAUAUAACCGAACCAAACCGGACCCAUUUUCUUCACCAGCACGUAUUUGAAUCUUUGGUUACUGCGCCAAACCUCUGUUCAACCCCAAGAGCCAAUGGAUCAACCGGAAAGUCAACCUCUCAUCUCGGACCGGUUUCUGAUCAAUGGAACCCUAACGUCGGUGGAUUUCUGUGAUGACGGCAAAAUUAGGUGGUCGGAUGGCCACACUGACCGGUGCUUGGCGGUGGAGAAGGAGGUUCUGGGAUUUGCCUCGGAAGGUUCUAGAAUCCGGAUUAGGGCUAUUGUGGAGAAUGGAGGUGGACUUUGCUGUGUCGGAAGCAGAGGGAAAUUGGUGAGGAAAGAUUUCGUGUUCGAGAUUGCGUCGGCUGAUUCGCACAGACUUUGGUGUCAGAAGCUUCGUGAAUACAUCGACUCUCUUGGCCGGCCAAAAAGGCUGUUUGUUUUUGUCAACCCAUUUGGUGGGAAGAAAUCUGCCUCAAAAAUUUUUCUGGAUGUUGUAAGUCCAUUGCUCAAGGAUGCUGAUAUACAAUUAACAAUCCAAGAAACUAAGCAUCAGCUACACGCAAAGGCAGUUACUCAAACAUUGGAUCUCUCAAAGUAUGAUGGCCUCGUUUGUGUCAGCGGCGAUGGAAUUCUUGUUGAGGUAGUAAAUGGACUGCUUGAAAGAGAUGAUUGGGAUUCUGCAAUAAAGAUGCCUAUUGGGGUUGUUCCUGCAGGAACAGGGAAUGGCAUGGCUAAAUCUCUUUUGGAUUCAGUUGGUGAUCCUUGUUCACCGACUAAUGCUGUUCUUGCUAUUAUUCGAGGUCAUAAGUGUUCACUGGAUGUGGCUACCAUCUUGCAAGGGGAGACCAAAUUUUUUAGCGUCUUGAUGCUUGCUUGGGGUCUGGUGGCAGAUAUUGACAUUGAGUCUGAAAAAUAUAGGUGGAUGGGAAGUGCUCGCUUAGAUUUCUACGCUCUGCAACGAAUAUCACAUUUGAGGAAGUAUAAUGGAUGUAUAUCUUUUGUGCCUGCACCUGGCUUUGAAGCUUUUGGAGAGCCAAGUACUUACAAAGGUGAAUCUACUAGUGGACUCAAUACCUUCAAUCCAAGUCAAGAGGAGCCUAUUAAGGUUCAACAGCAUGGUUAUCAGGGACCUAAUAUUGAAUUGGAGAAAUUACAAUGGAGAACCAUUGAUGGACCUUUUGUUUCCAUCUGGCUUCAUAAUGUGCCUUGGGGUGGUGAAGACACUAUGGCAGCACCCGAUGCCAAGUUCUCAGAUGGUUACUUGGACUUGAUUAUCAUACGGGAUUGUCCUAAAUUACCCUUGCUAGCAUUGAUGUCGGAAUUGAACAAAGGAAAUCAUAUCAAAUCACCUUAUGUCAUGUACUUUAAGGUGAAAGCGUUUGUUUUGGAGCCUGGUCCUCGCACUGAGGACCCAACCAAGGGAGGGAUCAUAGACUCAGAUGGUGAGGUCCUGGCCAGAGGGAAUGGGACAUACAAGUGUGACCAGAAGACCCUGAUGGCCUAUGACAACCUCCAAAUCGCAGUGGAUCAAGGUUUAGCUACUGUUUUUUCCCCCAUAUAGUUUAUUGAAUAUUGGUUUUUUCAGGUCAGUUUUAUAGUAUGAAUGCAGAGGGUAUGUAUUAGAAGGAAUAAAUGAUUUUUUUCGGGUUGUAUUAUGAAGUCUUCCUGUACAGGACCACUAAUCAGAAAAAUGGAAUUAAAAAUUAUAUAUCAUUGAAGUUACCUGUUAAAUCCA